AAACCCCUAACUUCCAUUGCCCUAGUUUCCGCCGCCUCCUCACCCCUUUUUUCCCCUCGCGAUUCCGCCCGCCCGCCCGACGCCGUGCCUGUCUCCGCCGACGCUGCGCCUUCCUCGCCUCCCUCGCCUCCCUCCGACCGACGCCGCUCCUUCCUCCAACCGACGCUGCGCCGCCCUCUUCCAUCCCUCUCCAUCCCGGAAGGGGCUACGGCGGCUGCUGUGGGUCCUCACCGGGGAGCUGCGAAGUCGCCGAAUAGUCGGGCUGCUGCCCUCUUUCACGCCGGCGAGCAGCAACCGCUGCUGCCACAGUGCAGUGCGUCCUCCGUCCUGCCUCAUCCGUACGCCCUCCGUCUGUUGCAGGCAGCAUGAUGAAACGCAAGGCUGUAGAAAUAUUGGAGGAGCAAAUGAAUGCUAAGAAGUCGCGCACGCCCCAAGAGAAUAUGAAACUCAGAGCCAUGGGAGCAGCUCUGGACGAAGGCGAAGCCCUUUUCGGUGCUGGCUCCGAAGUAACUCUGCAUUCACAGAUGAAAUUGUGGCAUGAUAAAUACCGUACACAGAAGCCAGAAUACCUCAAUCUGAUUCGUACAGGAUUUGUCUGGAACAAGUACAAUCGAACUCACUACGAUCGGGACAAUCCUCCUCCUAAGAUGGUCCAAGGUUAUAAGUUCAACGUAUUUUUUCCGGACCUUAUCGAUAAGUCUAAAGUACCGCAGUAUACAUUCGAAAAGGAUGGCACCACUAACGACACCUGCCUUCUCAGAUUCUAUAGUGGCCCACCCUACCAAGACAUAGCUUUUCGGAUUGUAAAUAAGGAUCUGGAGUACUCUCCAAAGAAAGGCUUUAUGUCUACUUUCGACAAUGGGACUUUGCGAUUGUAUUUCAAUUUCAAGCAGUAUCCGUACCGACGAUAGAAGACUGAUCUAUUCCUUCAGGAAGAUUUAAGAGUCUGUACAUGUAUUUUUUUAUUUUUUUGCAUCUGUAAAGUCGUCAUGUAGUCAUGGUGGAGUUUCUGUGUCGAGGGUAUUGUUCUUGAAACUCGAUAAGUCACUGAUUCAACUACUUGAUUUGAGCACGUCUACUAAA